AUGGAUUCAACUGUAAUUGACGUUGACCCCACGUCUCAAAAUUUGAUCGCAUGUGGAAUCUUUACCUUGGUACAUCGCCUGAACGAAAACUGCGUUCGGAAGGUUCCACGAGACAAUGAUGCCGACAAUAUCCAGGCCGUGCAGAAUGAAGCAAACAUCUAUGCUAUGCUAGGCGAUGAUGACCACUUUGCUAUUUGUCUUUCUGCCAACCAGUCUGUGGAACACGUCGAUCUCAAAUGGGCUGCGAAUGGAACGCUAGAAGAUUACAUCCAAAAGGAAGGAUCGCGUCUCACAACCACUCGCCGAUACGAAAUGGGUUGUAUAAUAAUUGAAGCUGUCCAGAAACUCCAUCAUCUAGGUGUGAUUCACAGCGAUUUGGCCCUGCGCCAGUACCUCCUCUCUGAGGACUACCGGCUGAUUUUACAGCUCCGGGAUAUCCAGGGCAUCCUCCGCUGGGAAUGGAAAAUUGUUCAAUCUGACUUAUUUGCUCUUGGGAGUACCCUCUACGAAUUGAUGGUGGGACAGACUCCAUACCAGGGAAAGUCUGAAGACGAAAUUCAGUUGCUGUACGAACAAGGAAAAUUCCCUGGCACGAAUUACAUCCUUUGCGGCGACGUUAUUUUGGGCUGUUGGACCAAACAAUUCAAUUCUGCCGACCAAGUUCUUGAUUCCUACCGAAGAUCCCCCACUCAAAUACUAAACUGA